AUGGCUUCCGCCGUGCACCCGCCGCCGCCGCCGUUGGCGCUGCUCCCGAGGCCCCGUGUCGACGACGCCGUGGCCGACGACGACAUUGAGGACAGCGACAGCGAGAGCGUCGCGGAGUCGUGCCCGCACCCGCGCCCGCACGGCGCGGGUGCGGCGGCGACCGACUCCUGCUCCUCUUCCUUCUCCUCUUGCGGCAGCAGCGCGUGCUGCCACGAAGACGACGAGGCGGAGAUGGACGACGACGGGUGCAGCAGCUGCGUGGAGGGAGACGAGUACAGCAGCUACCAAGAACAAGAGGAAGCUGCCUGCGACGAGGAGGGGGAGGGGAGAAACAAGGCGGGGAGGGGGAGCGGCGCCUGGUGGGAGCAGAUGGCGGGCGGCGGCGCGAUCACGGCGCUUUCUCUCCCACGGGCGCCGGAGGCCGCCGAGGACCCGAAGCGCGCGGCGGAGCGGCAGGAGGAGGACCGCAAGUUCUGGGAGGACUGCCUCGCCUCCGGGUACCCAUGA